AUGGAAGCAUCGAGACGUCGAUCGCUCGUCGGGAUUAACCGGAAGAGCAAGCGAGCUUUAGAUAUGAACGAACACGAAGACGACGACGAUGUUGCGGCGGCGGAUGAGGAGUCUGACGACGUGAAGGUUUGGGAUACGCUUAGCAAUGGCUUCAAGCGCGCGCAGCUCCUUCUCGAUCGGAACCGCGACUUGAUCCAACGCGUCAACGACAACCACCGUUCUCGAAUCCCUGAUAACGUCGCCAGAAACGUUUCCCUGAUCAACGAAAUCAACGGUAACAUCUCUCGAGUCAUGGAGAUUUACUCCGACUUAUCUCUCAAUUUCACCAAAAGUUUCAACGAGCGGCCGAGCACGGCCAAGAAUGGCGACACUACUACAACUACCACCACCGGUUCUUGA